CCCAGCAUCUUAAAUUCAGCCGAAGGCUGCUCGUAGCAGAAAGAGAGGGGGCGAGAGCGAGGGGAGAAAGGGAGGGAGGAGGGCAGGAGAGCGAGCGGCAGAGCGAGCGGCCAAGCCUCGGGAAAGUGCGCCGCGGCUCAGCGCAAGAAGACAGCCACGCCAUGUCGUCUGGUCAGAACACGCAAUCUACUGUGCCGCCUCUGCAUUCGCCGAAAUCACCCGUGUGGCCCAUUUUCCCCUUCAACAGGGAAGGAAGUCGGAUCUGUGAGAGGGGUACCCACCUUCUUCGGGAUUUACCCAGCCCACUCCCCACGAAAAGAACCAGGACAUACUCUGCGACGGCUCGCGCCUCUGCUGGUCCUGUCUACAAGGGUGUAUGUAAGCAGUUUUCACGCUCCCAGGGCCAUGGCUUCAUCACCCCAGAGAAUGGCACAGAGGACAUAUUUGUACAUGUUUCUGAUAUCGAAGGAGAAUAUGUCCCAGUAGAAGGAGAUGAGGUCACAUACAAAAUCUGCCCCAUCCCACCAAAGAAUCAGAAGUUCCAGGCUGUGGAAGUGGUGCUCACCCACUUAGCUCCACACACAAAGCAUGAAACGUGGUCAGGCCAAAUAAUUGGCUCCUAAACUGCUGUUUGGGCCUGCAGGUCAACUUCACCGGGAAGUGGAGUUGGAUGGUGUGGUGGGUGGUAGAACUGCUGGAGCAGGCUGGCAAUUCUUGUUUGCGGUGUGACAUGUUUGCAUUUAUAGCUUGUCUUUUCUAAGACUUGACCGUUUUUUGUUUUUUUGGCUUUCUGGUAAACGUGCUUUUCUCAAGAUGGCAAGCAGGAAGUGGAAAAGUGCUGCUGAAAGGUUUUCUUUGUGUAUGUCAUGAGCUUCUAACUGUACCUGGCUGGGCAAAGGCAGAGCUCCUUCCGUGUGUGUGUGUGUGUGUGUGUGUCCACAAAAAUUGGUAUUUAUUUGCUGUUAAUGCACGCAUUAACAAAAACAUUGUCUGUUAUCUUGGUCUGUAUAACAAAUUCUGUUGCUUUCUCAACAGGGGCAGGGCCAAGGUAGCCCUCCCAUUUACAUCCAGCCUUCUUCCCAGCCAGAACAGGAACUCAGUUGCAGGUGGAAGACUUGUCGUCCUCCAGAUGUUUUGGCCUGUUAUUCCUCACAAGUGGCUAUGCUGUCUAGGACUGAUGGGGUUUGUAGGCCAAAGCAAUGUGAGGAGGACUACACAUUGUGCAGUCCUGAACUGAGUGAUGCAGUGAAGAAUGGCUCUGGGGACAAUUCUUCAAAGUUGUGGCUACUUCAAAGUGUCUUCCAGAGCCUUUCUCAAAUUGUGCCAUCUACAGAGAUGCUCGAAGGUGUUCUUGUUUUUCCUAGCCAUUCAUGGGGAGGGAGCACUGGGCUUGUACUUGCACCAAUACACUGAUGACACUUUUCUGGACUUCUGCCAGUCUCUGUCUCCUGAGAUCAUUGGUUUGGCUACCACAGUUAGGUGACCUUUGGAUAGGAUUACUUAGCUAACAGCGAUGUUGUUUUUACCACUUGCAUUUCAGGCAAAAUGGGCAUAUCUGAUGUAGGUUGUACAAAGCAGCCAGUAGGUGGCAUCACUCAAGAAGCAGAAUUUCUGAACAAAUAAAACACAUGAAUACCUCAGAGGUAUUCACUCUUGGAUCUGUCAGGUUCUUGUAUGAUGAUGCAGAGAAAUUACUAGCUUUACUGUUUAAGCAGAAAGCUACACUUGGAAAGAGAUGGGGGUUCUGCAUUAAUAGGGCACUGGACAUGAUCAUAAAUGUGCUGCUGUGGUUGGAAGCAGCCUCAAAACCAUUGGAUCCUGUGGUGCUUCCAUUCCCCAGUGCGUAAUGUGAGUUAUUUUUCACCACAAGUGCUGAGUGUUCAGUUUUUGGAUAUUAUUAUUUGGCAGUUUGUGUACUUAAUGUUCAGGAGAACAAUGGGAAGGCAUUGGUGUGAAAAUACUGGCCUGUAACUUCUCUGUGCCAUUGAUACAGAUUUUUAACUGCUGCAGAAAUGCUUUUUCUUUUUUUCUUUUUUUGGGAGUGACUGCUCUGCUACAGAGCCUGUUCAGUUGCUGUAUCUAAUGAGAGCGAAGGAAAGGAAGGGCAGGGCAGAGAAUAUAAAUCUGAAGAAAACACUAGAACAGCUCUUUCCAGGGCAGCAGAUCAUGCACAUGGACACACACAAUUAACACAAGGUUCGGUGUGUUCUUUAGUUUUGGAAAAAAAAAAUAUCAGUUUUAAUUUUAGGGUUUUCUUUUGACAACACAAGCGAUGAAAAUUUGCAAAUAUUCCCUCACUUGAGGCUACCUAUGGAGAAACCUUUCUUAGUCCUAAAGACUUUUCCUCCUUUAUAUCACAACAGUUUGUUCCAUCUGUUCCUUAUUUGUGUGACAAUGUGUUGCUUCCAGCCUUCCAGUUCGGUAUGAACAGGUCCUACUUGCAGAGAGUCUUUUCUGCCCUGUGUGGUGAGGUUCUGUUCCUUCUUUACUCUGAAAGUAAAAGCAACUGCACUAUCUGGAGUCACAUUAGUGUCUUAAACUGCAGCAAAAUGUAAUGUCAGUAGGAUAACAUAUGUUUUUAUUUCCAUCAGUUUCAAAGGGAGUGUGUGUGUCUGUGUGUGUGAUGUCCUGGAUUGACGUCUCCUCUGUUAAUAGCUAUGUUAUCCUGAUGACGAUACAUGUUCCAAAUAUAUUAAAAUGUAAACAUUGCCCAUUUUAAGGCAUUUUUCUUUCUCUCCUGAAAGUAGUGAGUCAUUUUAAAAAAGUAAUUGCAAAUAAAGGUAUCUUUGCUAGAAAAGUAAUCUGUUAUAUUUGAAAUAGAAUAGAGCCACUUAGAUGCUGUGGUUUUAUCUUCUUGAGCUGUGUACAGUGGUUCUUGCCAAUGGAAGUCUGCUUGGAGGAUAGCAUUUUGGUUUGCUGCGUCUCCAGAGGUUUGCUUCAGUAUUUUCUGCAUGUGUUGUAUUUCUGAGUGUUACAGAUAAUGUAUUUCCUCAGGAUGGAUGUUUGGGCUAGUUCUGCCACUCUUCCGUUAUCCCAACCCAGACAUUUUGAUGCUUACCCUCUUUGUGUCCAGUUCUGUAGUCAAUGAGGGUUGUGUGCAAAAGAUAUGGAAGAAUGAGUGCAUGAGUGUCACGAUUCUUGGGGCGGUAGUAGAUUAUGGGGUCUAGUGGCAUUGUAUUGAGUGCUUCCUUCAGUUAUGCUUUGGUUCCGCCUUGCCUUCCCCAAACAUUUUACAGCUCUCCCCAGGAUAUACAGGGUCAUGUCUAAAAGCACAAACCUGAUUUGUAAUAAGCUUAUAGGUGUUCUAAGUAGCAGGGUUUUCCUAGGAUAGGGUAUGCAUGCUAGGAGUCUGCAUGGUGGUGCCAAGAAAGCUAAAGUGGAUGCUCAAGUCCAAAGCUUCUUAAACGAUGCGAUCUCUGAAGUUUCUUUACCCUGGAGAGACGUUGUAUGGGCGUCUUGACUGAGCUGAUGUGCCAGAAGCACCACUGCUCUAGGGGCUAAGUGGAGGUUACAAGAAUGCAUGUGUGAAGUUUGAGGUUUUGGUGUGGUGCUUCUUAGGAACCUGAUUAGAACCUGGUAAGAAGAACCCACAAUUUGCUGUCACCAUGAGACUUGUCUUUAAGUAGGGUGUUUUGUACUUGAGUUGCAUUUCCAGAAGCUUUCAUGAAGUGCUCUGUGAAUGUGUAUCUACAGCAUGUCUGGUGCCAGUAGUUCAUAGCUUUGGGGUGUCAGCUAUGCUGUUCCCCUACACACCUGCAGUUAGGUGUUGGGGCUGUGAUUGAGGGACCAAUGUAGACUGUUCACUUUGUGUGACCAGGUGUAUAAUGGCAGCAUUCUGACACUGUAUUGUUGGGCACGUUGUCAUCAAACUUUUCCAGAAGCAUUUCCUGUGCUUUGAGUUUAGUGCUACAGUAACAAAUCGGGAUCACAGGAAAUUCUGGGCAGAGAUACCCAGAGAGGGUGGCAUCUUCCUCCAUUUAUAUUUAAAUCUGGAAGACUGACUGAUGCCCUGCCAGAACACUGAAAAUGGUCCAGUAAGUUCAUGGGUUUUUCUAAAUGGGAACUGGCCCUCCUAAGGCAUCCCCAUGGUCAGAAGGAACAGUGAGUCUAAUGUAACCAUUUAGGAAAUUCACAUGUGUCUCUCUGGAAUGGGCUGAACCCUGCACCUCCCAUUUGCAAAGAAAGGGGUAAGUUGGACUCCCCAGCCAGGUGCUUUUGGACUUCAAAUCCUAUCAACUCCAGACAACACAACUAAUGUUGGAGGUUGUCAUCCAAAACAUUGAAAGCACAAGGCUGGGGAAGGCUGGAAUACAAGGAAAGGUCUAAGCUAGCCCCUUCUCUGAUGUGCAAGCCUUCAUAUACAGGGAACUAAAUGCACAGGAGUAUUCAAAAACAGCAUAAUGCUCCCCACUGUCUACCAUGGAGUAACACAGUCUAGAAAGACAACUGCCAUGUGAAUUUCCUGAAUCUGUAGCUGACUGCUGUCAACACGAGUGGUCUCCAGGCAGUACUGUACAAAAGGGCUGCUAAUUAUAUUCUCGGGAGUACCUUGCUUUUUACUUGCUUCUGAUUCUUUUUCCUCCCAAGAUCCAACCUAGUUGAGUAUAUGAAUAUUCUUUUGAUUGAAAAUACCAACGUAAUUAUAUUUCUUGGACCCACACUAUGCUUAAGGGCCGCAGAAGAACCUCUAUAUAUGUGUGGUGAAGUGGAGGUCAUGUUUUUUAAAGAGGCCUUUCAAAUAGAGGCACUUGUGCUGUGCAGAGAUACAAGCUUGUCUGGACUUCUCCCUCAGAGUGCAACAGCUGCCCUCUAGCCCCAGGAAAGGAACAAAGUGCAGAUCUGACAGAAGCCAUUUCCCCACUCCCCAAGGUGCAUCCAGGUCCCUCUGUGUGUGACCUACUUCCUGUGACCAUUGGAGGGGCUCUCUGCUCACAUCAAACACCAGCAGCUCCUAGCCUCUGUCCCUCUCCUUCAAGGUGCAAUACUAGUGGGGAACACUGCAGAAUUAUGACUUCCCCCUAGGAAUGCUUUUGAUCCUUUCUGAAAUAACCUUGUUACCUAUAGUGUCUGUGUUUUUACAAAUUUGUGUGGUCCUUGCCUGUCUGACCCCAUGUUGACCUUCGUAACACUGGCAAUAAACCAUUAAAGUGACUUUCCCACAAGUCUUUCCAGUUUUGGUUAUUCUUUGUAGGGUGUUUCUCUUGGGGCAUGAAUUGGUAUCCGAAUGACAUCAGUGACAGACAGUGAAGCCAGAAAGCAUAGAUAUGGGAAGUUGGGUGUUAAGUCCUAGUGUUCCUGGCCCAGGAUGUUAGCUGGGCUAACUGUUGUUAACUAACAAGCUGACUGUUGUGGGGUUAGCCACUCACUCUACUUGGAUGACAUCUUGCAAAAAGAUGCAAGAGUUGCCUUGCAUCAGAGCUGGACCACUGAUAUGCUUAGUCCACCUAUGGUACUGCUGCUGUGACAACUGCUGUUCAGGGCCCCCCUGCCCCCAGCAGAUCUUUGAUAGUAGCAAGUGUCUAAGUGAAGAUAUUAAGUCACUGCACCAGAGACUCAUCCAUGCAAACCCUACAUCAGCCUUCCUGCACAUGAUAAUUUCUCCAACAUUAUGCCAUUAGCCAUGCUUGUUGGGCAUUGUGGGAAUUAGUUCAGUGCUUCUGCGGGGCAGUAAGUUUGUUGGGGAAAGCUGCCCUGAUCUGGCUUCUAACGAGAAAGACUCCCAAAUCUGCCUCUUCUCAGUAUAAGGUGGUAGAUAAAAUACAUUUCAUAUGUGGCAUGCCACCCAGCUCUUCUCAAAGGCAGACUUAUCUCCUGCUUUUCCACUUGAAUUUUGAAGAUUUAAAUGACACAAACAAUGGGCAACCAGUAUCUCCUGCUUCACUCUACAGUUCUACAUUGUGGUAUAACAUUGAACGACAAGGCAUGAUCUCAUUUGUUUAUUUGUGAUAAAUUAAGCUAUAUUUUAAAAAUGUAAUACAUUAUCUAGUAAUACAAGAGCUGCCUGUGAACAAAAUACAUCUGUUUACCAGUACACACCUGCUUUGUACAUGUAUCAAAAUCAAAAUCAUGGGACACUCCUGCUUAAUUAAAUGCAUCUACU